AUGUAUGCGAUGAGCAAUUUGGAGGGAGAGGUUGAUGCGGACGACUACCAAGUGGACAACGGGAGAAGUACAUACGUGGGUUUGUGCGAUAUUGUAGACGGGCUUUCGGGAACAAGGCUAGUGCUGGAGGUGCCGACAGUUCUCGAUGAAAGUGUCAAGGACGCUUUGCUAGAAUUCUGCAAAAGGCUUGACCGUGUGAAGGGGUAUCAGCCCAUGGUCCCCGACAUCAGCAUCACAGAGAUACGGCAGGUUAGUCUUCAUCAAAUGACUUUACUCUGUAUGUUGACAACCUGGUGCGCUCGGCCAGGGAGGGAGCGCAUACUUACUAGAGAGCGAGAGAUUUUCUGGGUUGCAAUCGCGUCGGCCGUUGUGUCGGCGUCGUGGGCUUUCCUCUUGUUCUGCAUCAUCGGCAGCAUCUGGAAGCACUACUACGAGGCGCACACCAGCCUGGACUUGUUACACAAGGGACACAGCACUGCUCAAUACGAGGUCCGAUGUCGUCGUGACCGCUCAGGCCGGGAAUCAUUUCGAGGUGUUCGAGGCCAACGACAAGUUGGACCAAAUCGUGGGGACACACAUGCAGGGGAGGAGGAGGAGGAGGAGGAGGAAGCACAUUGGAGUGUGCCGCAGCGCGUGGAAUUGGAGAACUCCCUGGUGCUUCCAUUGGGAUCCUCGCUCCCCAGCAAAACAUUCAUGGGGUGGGUUCGUUGCUCCUGGUGA